AUGUCCCAUCAAAAAGCGAAAAUAUGUGGUUGUGGGUAUCCCGUUGUUCAAAGAACAUCGUGGACACAUGAGAAUCCGGGGAGGAAAUUUAAAGGUUGCAGAUUCUACAACUUCGAAACUGGGCAAAGGGGAUGUGAUGCAUUUGAUUGGGUUGAUGAAGACAUUCUUGAGUGGCAAAAAGACGUCACUAAUCAUCUUCUUUCAGAAAAGCAGAGGCUUGCAAUGGAGAUGAAAAUAAUUAAGGGAAGAGCUGAAUUCAUGGAACAUGAAAUGAAGAGGUUGAAUGAGGAGCAUGAGAAGAUGAAGGUGAAGUACGAGAAGAUGAGGAAGAAGGCAGAAGGAAGUUCGAAGAUUAAGAAUGAACAUGUCUACAUUCUUAUUUCUCUUUGUGCUAUUGUUUCAGUUGUGGUCAGUGCUUUGUAUGUCAUGGUGUUUGCGUAG